AUGACAAUUAGUUUUUCCAAAACAAAGACUGCAAUAUGCGCACUGGCAAUAAUAACAUCCGUAUACCCAAUAAAUAGUGUUACUUUGGAUAUCAGCAAAACAGAGUUUCCAGCAUGUAUCGAUAUUUUUGAGGGAACGUUCAAAAAUGGCGGUGUAUACAGGAUGUUUCACUCAAACGGUCCCCCAAUUGCCCAUGUCACAUACGGAAAGGUUCUCUUGGGUCCAUUAACAAAUGGCAAAAUUCCUAUAAGAGAUAUAUAUGUGCAACAUUAUAAACGCGGUGAUCGCUCGAUUGUCGCCAUUAGUCAUAUGAACGCCAUCAGGAAGAGAGUGGUGACCACAAGAUUUUAUGCAACAAAUGGGACGGUAUGCAGAACGACAAAUAUGGAUGUCAAAGAGGAAUUCGUAGGGAAUCACAUAUUAGUACCAGUUAAUAUAUAUGCAGAAAAGGUACAUCCAUUCAUAGGUGCAGCAUAUACGGACGGGCAAUGCCAGACCAAGCAGUGGUCAGUACUUUCACCCAGGGCUAAAUGUAACCGUCAUGACGACAUGGGGUGUAUUCGAUUUCGUAUGGAAUCCGUCUUCAUAAGCCCUGUUAUCAACAUAGAUCAACAAUUUCGCGAUCACAACAGCCCGCCGCCAUCACUCAGUUCACAUAGCACUACGGUUCAGGUUGCACCUGAAGGAGACGCAGUAACCACCUGGAUCAAAAAUGGGAGUCACCGCGUGAGCUAUCUUAUAAAAUUGCCUCCCACUGAAAACGCCAUUUUUAGGCCACGACAGAUAAUAGACCCUUUGCACAAUCUCCCGAAACAUGUUACACCAACUUCUCAUAUUUUGAAACACAUUAAUAUAAACGUAGACAUCUCUAGCAUCGAGACUAACGUGCCAGAGAUUGUUAUUCUGGCUAACCUUAGGCGUGGCGAUUGGUUGUAUACACAGUACAGCUUUACUCCAAUAAUCGACUUGCGCUAUAUACGUGUCAAGGUUCUAAAUUCGGAGCAUAGCUGCGAGCUAUACGAGACGGAUGGCGAAGCCUUCGUGACACAUGUCGAAGUAUUCGAUCAUGUCAAAAGUGGCUUGCAAUACGUGGUAGUAAACAUCACAACGCCAGGUAGAGAUAGAGUGCUGAUCGGUCCCCAAUUUGAAAACAUCAAAAGGGUCUAUAAACGCAUCUAUGGGGAGGAAGGUGUGGUCUAUUUUGAUAUUAACCAAGUCUGGCUGGAGCCGUAUCUAGACAUGCUUUAUAACAUCCCGAUAGGCCCGGGCGUUCAUAAACAGGAUGCCCAUGACAUCAUGAUGGACACACUUUUAAUUUGA